AUGGCUAGAUGUCGCGAUCAAUAUGGUCGAUACUACAACUGUUCGAGCCGGUGGAAUGAUUGGGUCCGCUGGGUCGUCCUUGCUGUCGUCGUCAUCGGCUUCUUCCUCCUCUUCGUCAUGUGCAGCUGCAUAACCGCCCGCCGCCGCCGCAAGGCCGGCCGACAACCCUUCUACGGCACUGGCUGGGCCCACCGCCCCGGCGGCAACGCACAGCCUUACUACAACAACAACAACUACGCGCAGCCCCCGCCGCAAUACACCCCGCAACCCCAGCAAGGCAGCUAUUACGGCACCGGCGCAAACCAAGGUUAUUACGGCAACAAUGGUCAGCAGCCUUACCCCUAUGGCCAGGCCAACGGCGUCGAGCUGCAGCAGCCGCCGCAAUCGCAUCUCGCUAGGGGCGGAGAGGACGUGUACACCCCGCCUCCGGGUCCGCCACCGACCAAAGGUGAUGGUAUCAUCAGGUAG